AUGGCGGCAUCUGGAGGAAAGGAGCGUAGACGUUUGUCUGUUGAUCGUGAGCUACAGGCGGUUGGCAACAACUGGACUGUGAAUGGUCAGAGGUCAGGAAAUGACGGAUCAGGAAGUGAGGAUGGGGAGAUGGAUGUUGGACGCGGGAGUUUGGAUGAGUGGAAAGUAAUCAAUAGGAAACGGAAAACUAAAGAUAGAGACGAAUCAGAUUAUAGUGACAUUGAUAAAGAAAUAAAAACGGUGAAAAGGAGUGAAGAUGAGUUCAAGGUGUUUAUCAAAUUGUUACAAGAGGGGACUACUUUUAACGAGUGGAGUCCAAUCCAACUAAGCAAAAGUCUGCAUAAAGACAUUGGGGAGAUCUCGGGUGUGGCAAUGGUAUCAAAAAUGUCACCCAGCUUUGCAUCGCUCUAUGUGGGACUCUUCGAAUCAAACGUGAUCUUCAAUACACAGAGGAACCCCUUCAUACAGAAUAUAUCAUACUGGAAACGCUACCUAGACGACAUCUUUUUCAAAUGGGAUGGUGGUGAGAACGAGCUACAAGCAUUCCAUACAUACAUGGGUGAGAACAACCAAUAUCUGAGAUUUACUAUGUCCGUGGAUAAAACAAAAAUGAACUUUUUGGACAUUCUUGUAAUAAGGGAAGGAAAUGUGUUAAAAACAAACCUAUAUCGCAAGAGCACAGAUAGAAACUCUUUGCUACAUGGGGAAUCGUACCACCCGACAUCCUUAAAGAAAAACCUUCCAAUCUCCCAGUUCAGUAGAAUCAGGAGAAUCUGUAGCUCGGAGGACGGCUAUCAAUCUCAAUCAACCAUUUUAAAAAAAAGGUUCAAAGAAAGGGGCUACAAGGAUCAAUGGAUUGGAGAAGCUGCUGAUCGUUUUAAAAACAUGUCCCAAGAUCAAUGCUUGAAUAGGAGAACAAAAAAUAAUAAAAAAAAUGGAAUCAAGAAUAUCAUGUUGUGUACAGUAUUCCCCAAUUGCCAGGGACAUUGAACAGAGUGUAAAAAGACAUUGGCACAUCAUUGACUCUGACCCAUGUUUAAAAAAGAUUUUCCCCAAACCACCGCGUGUGGUCUACAAAAGACAACCAAACCUUCGGAACAUGCUGGUGAGGGUGGAUCUACCCCCUCUUCCUCCCCCCACACACUUUCUGAGUAACAUUCAACCAGGCAACUAUAAAUGUGGAAACUGCCAACAAUGUAACUUCACUAGU